CUGGAUCUUCAAACAGGACUGGGUUCUAGGGUCAGAAAAAAAGGGUUUAAAAGGAUACACAAGGAUAAAACAACCAAAAAAUGUGCUCAUGUCCACGUUACGUAUACUGCUAUAUUUGCUGAGCUCAAAAUGAAGCUUCUGUCACAGUUAUUCCAUUCCGUUCCAAUUCAUUUAUUUAAUAAGGAGAAAUCUGUCAUUUUCAUGUUUUUAAAUAUAUAUUUCGGCCAUAUACUGUAUUCUACCUACCUAUAGAUUACAUCUGGAAAAAUAUACUACUAGAACAUAAUUAUUAUAGGUUUAUACUAUUCAUAUUUUUUCUUAUAUAGACCAGCUGUUGGGACAUUUUAUGUCAAAAGACACUUAAAUUAUUUGCUAUAUAACUACAAACAAAAGAAAACAGCAAAAUUAAUAAUAAAAAAAAAAAUAUGCACACACAGUACUAUGUGGUUUGGGUAUAUUACUGUAUGAAAAUCUUAUUUUGUAAAAAAACCUUCACAGUAUGAAUACUGUAUAAUUUUGUCAAAAGUGAUGUUCUAAGUCUUUUCUUGUUUGAUAAAAAUUAAUGACAGACUGCAGCAGGUGUAUUAGACUGCUCUCACUUUAAGACUUAAAUUACGUUAUUGACGUGUGAUUAGUUUUCCAACCAUUUACAUGCACUUAAGGAAUAACUCUUUACAUCAAUAUCCUUUUUUUACAUUUAUUGAUUUUAUACAACAGUUCAACAAAAAUUCCUAUUACAAAUGUAAAGGGAAGGAAGGUGGUCAUGACAGAUUCCUCCAGCUUGCUUGAGCGUGUUGUGUGUUUACACCGCUCCAAUAAUGCAGUGGUGGGUUACUAUAAAAUGAAAAUGUCCCAGAAGCCAAGCGUGGGACGUGACACAAACCCUGUGGGACGUCUGUGGGAAGGCUGAAUGACGUCGUCGAAUUAUAAUUUUUCAUCUUUGUAAUCCACCAUUAAAAAAAAGUUCCUGAGGCAUAUUUGCGCAAAGUCAGCAUCUUGAUUGGGUGUUUCUUAAGCACAUGGUUCACAUGCCUUGACCCACCAUUUUUCUUUGGAACAGGGAAGUAGCAACUGUAAAAGCCUGACCAACUCUGGUUUUUUAUAACCUCUUUCUCCAGCGCCAUCAACAGUGGUGAAGACAGCACAAUUAGAGGAGUGGACACGCUUUGAGUAGGGGCAUGCUAUGCCUUGGUAAGUUUAUCGUAAACUUACUCCUUUUAUAGACUGAAGUUUCGAGGUAUCUUUUGAAGAAUGACACACGGUUUUAUCACGGUUCAAAAGCAAUUGGCAUGGAGUGUGUAAAAACACCCAAUCCAACCAAUCCACCAGUAACGGAUGAGAAACAUCAUCCUCAUAUGUCUUAUGAGGGCCUGUAAACAUAGUGAGAUUAAAGUAGAGAGAGAGGAGAAAAAGACGGGCCAAUCUCGACUUUCUUCACCUAGAGCUGCUAAAUACGAUCUAGUUCAGUUUCAUAGUACGUACAUUACCCUGACAAACAGUAGCCACCCUUGAGGCACCUGCAAACGUCAUUUCUGUCAUGAACUCAGGCCAAACAUCUACUGUCAUCUGCCAUCUCUCAUACUUUAGGAGGAAUGCAGGAAAUGAACAGGUCUGGGAAAUGUAAAACUAUAUCAGGCUCUGUUAUGUGUUCUGCUUGAUGCUCAGCUAUUACCACCACUGUGUUGCUGAUCUUUACAACAUUUUCAGUGUGAAACCAUGAACAAAAGUCAAAAUCAUGUCAUUAAUAAAGGUUUAAAGCUCUAACUGGGAAUGAUUCCUAUAACAGAUCUCCAGCUGCAACCAGUAAUGAUUUGGCAUGUGAUUGCCGUCUUAUGAAGGAGUAACUAUGUUCAUCAAUCACAUUUCUGAUGGUAUCUUUUAUUUUUUUUUUCAAGUAAAGAUGCUUGUACAUCCAAAAAAAAAUUAACUUAAUAAUUAGCAUUUUGUCUUGUACUAUUGGCAGUUUUUUAAUUGUUUACAAACCACAUGUAAAUGACUCUUUCUCUAUUUUAUUUUAUCUAAAAGACCUUUUAUAGCAGUGUUUCACACCUAAAUGUCAUUUAGCUCCUCCCUUUGAGCCGGACUAAAUGCAGUCAAUGCAUGAGUGACCCUCCACUGCAGUGAAGAAGAGUCAUGGACCGCUCCGAAACACUCACUGCCCCUUAGGAUUGAACGAGGUUUCUGAAAGAGGUUAUUGCUAGACCCAUGCAAGGCUAAUGGCAGAAAGCAACAGGACCACUGAGGUUGCAGAACUUAUCUUGUGCAAUAAUGAAGCAAAUAUUUAUGAUUGCAAUCAAUCUGAUCCCAUGGGAUCUCAAAGCCCUGUCCCGCUGACAGACGCCUGGCUAGUGCCAGUGUUUUUCAUUCUUAUAUUGUUUGUAGGCUUGGUGGGUAACUCACUGGUCAUCUAUGUAGUCGUCAAAAACCAACAGAUGAAAACUGUUACAAACUUCUACAUAGUUAAUCUUGCCAGCACAGAUAUCCUUUUCCUGGUUUGCUGUGUUCCUUUCACUGCCACUUUAUACACUCUUCCUAGCUGGAUAUUUGGGGACUUCAUGUGUCGCCUGAUCAAUUACCUGCAACAGGUAACUGCACAAGCGACCUGCAUCACUUUGUCUGCAAUGAGUGUUGAUCGUUUUUACGUGACGGUCUACCCUCUCCAGUCCCUCCGUCAUCGAACACCACAGAUGGCUCUGUCUGUAUGCACCACCAUAUGGAUAUGUUCUUUGCUGCUUUCAGUGCCGAUAGCGUUGUAUCAGCACACAGAGUCUUCGUUCUGGUUCGGUCCACAGACGUACUGCACCGAGGCCUUUCCAUCUCUCAUUCAUAAGAGGGCUUACAUUCUUUACUCCUUCUUGGCUGUUUACCUUCUGCCUCUGAUCACCAUCUGCAUGUGUUACACCUUCAUGCUGAAGCGCAUGGCUCAAGCCACGGUCGAGCCUGUAAAUGGCUGUAACCAGCUGCAGACGCCAGCAGAACGUGUUGAAGCAGUGCGGACCAGAGUCACCAGGAUGGUGGUUGUAAUGGUGCUGCUGUUUCUGCUCUGCUGGGGUCCAAUCCAGAUACUGAUUCUCUUACAAGCAUUCUGUUCUGAAGACGUGAGUCACAGCUAUACACUCUACAAACUGAAGAUCUGGGCUCACUGCAUGUCCUACUCCAAUUCCUCCAUAAACCCCGUCAUCUACGCCUUCAUGGGAGCCAACUUCAGAAAGGCCUUCAGAAGUGUGUUCCCUUUGAUCUUCAAAAGGGGCGCAAGAACAGCCCAGCCUCUCCCCACCUAUAACAGAGAGAUGAACUUUCUUUCAUCCGGACCCUAGGCGUUUUGGAAAGGCUUUGCGUAAAUAUUAAAUGCAACUAGCUGAACAUUAAUGUGUUUUUUGUCCCAUUUAAGAAGGACUUAACUGUAUCUUUAUAUGUAAUUUCAAUAAAAAUGUAUACGUCUAUGAAA